GUUUUUUGGCGAGACAUUUAAAAUGAUCUCUCUCCGUUGUUAAAUGGUAACUUUACAGGAAGGGCAGAGAAGAUUCCUUCAAAGCUAUGGCCGACCCCCUACCUGCAUGUCCGGGCGUGUUCCCAAGGGGAGCCCACUCUCCCGACCCCUUGUUGUCCCCUAUGUCCAAACUGGCUCACUGCUUCACGGGUCUCAGUGCGAUCCAGACCGGUGACACCCCCCGCCGUUGCCUGGACCUGUCUAACCUCAGCACAGGAAGUGCUGAUGUUGCCGUCGCACCGGAUUCCCCUUGCAGUGCACCUCUCUCGGACCGUCACCCAUCUCCCCAGCAUGACUCGCCUGCACCCAGGAAUAGCCGAAUGAAGCGGUUGAAGUCUUUUCUGCCUAGGUUGUUGUGCAGCAGUCCGAAGCCGAACUCUGGCGGUGUCAGGCAGGAGGACCCUCACUACGCGAACAAGGAGAACGUGGCUUCCUGGUGCGGACGGCAGACCCAGGUGCAGUGCUUGCUGCAGGCCCCAGACCUGCAGACAGAGGGCAGCGGUGAGCUGUGUGCCCUGGGAAGCCCCAUCGCCGCCAUGCCCCUCUCCCCGACGGCGGACUUCCAGGCGGCUGAUGAUUCAGAUGGCUUCAUGGAGGUGCUGGAGGAGCAGGAAGUGGAGAAUUCCACUGCUGUCCACAUGUCCUCCAGCAUGGCUCUGCUGCUCUCUGACCCCCUGAUGAACCAGGAAGUGGAUUUCUCUUCUGUCGCAGUGUGCCAGAGGGAGGGGCGCCGCCUGUUCCGCUCGCCCUCCAUGCCCGAGCGCCUGGACCGGCCGCGUCUGAAGAGGGCCCUGCCCACCCCCACCGCCGACCCGCCAAUCAAACGCCACAGAACCUUCCCCGCCAUCACGGAGGAGGAAGGGACCUGGGACGGAGGAGAGAAUGGAGUCGCGGACGGCAGGAAGAGGAGGCACCUGCUGAAGAAGACGCUCUCUCUCUGUGAGAUGACCCAGCAUGCGGGUGGGGAUGUGAACGCAGAGCUCAUUGGAGACUUCAGCAAGGUGUACGCUCUGCCCACUGUAAUGGGAAGACAUGAGGAUCUGAAGUACAUCAGUGCAGACACGAUGUGUGCUCUGCUGGGUGGGGAGUUCAGCAGUCUGGUGGAGUCGUUUGUAGUGGUGGACUGUCGCUACCCCUAUGAGUUUCAGGGCGGGCACAUCCAGGGGGCGCUGAACCUGCCCAACACGGACGAGGCUGUCGCCCACCUCCUGAGCCAGAAGCUGCAGGCCCGUUGCCCCGAGAAACGGCUGGUCCUGGUGCUGCACUGCGAGUUCUCCUCCGAGAGAGCACCCAGAACGUGCAGACUGCUCCGUAGACAGGACCGCAGUGUGAACGAGUAUCCUGCUCUGCAUUACCCAGAGGUGUAUGUGCUCAAGGGGGGAUACAGGGACUUCUACCACCUUUACAAGUCUCAGUGCGAGCCCCAGGCGUACUGCCCCAUGCAUCAUGAGGACCACCGGGAGGAGCUGCUCCGGUUCCGCACCAGCAGCCGAGCCUCGGCCGAGGACCGCCGCCGCCGGGAGCACGUCAGCCGCAUCAUCAAGCUCUGAGCCAAUCACAGGACAGCGCGCGACCGUCAGCGAACACCGCGUCACGUCCGCCCGCCGGAGGCGGGGUCUGUCAGCCUCCAACCGACACUUGAAACGGGACCUCUGGGGAUGACAUCACUCGGACGGAAGUGAGGUCAUCGCUGAAGGGGAAGUGACUUGCGGGGGAACGAGCAGGACCGCCCCCCUUUUUUUAGGCCGUAAAUCAUCGAUCGACGCCAAUCAGAGCAAAAAACUUGACCCAAAACCACUGCCUCUUCGUGCCUUCGUCUUGUUGCCGUUUUGUUUUUAAUUUCGUUUUUAAGGACCGUGCGGAUUUCCGGAACCGCUGCGCCGCCGUGACGACCGUGCCCUGCGGACGGCAGACCAUAAUAUGCGGCGUUCCGGCGCUCCGCGGCGGCGUUCCGGCGCUCCUGACCCUGGCGGGAGCGGGAGUCUGGGCUGUAAUCCUCCGUGCGCCUGCCUUUGUGACAGGAACGCUCGCUGUGGCGGGGUGGAGGCUCAUGAAUGCUAAUGCCACGCAGCACACAAACCCUACACAAUGGCAGCCCGGGCGGAAUAUCAGGGCCGGAUGUCCCAUUGGGAAAAGGACUGGAGAUCCGCAUAUUCUUUUUUUAUCGGUUUUAAGACUUUAGAAUGAGAGAGAGCGAGUGACACACAGAGAAUAGAGAAACAGUUUUAUCUUGAAUUUGAUUGAAAUGUUUUAUGCCUUUUUCAGCGUUUUCACUUAACUGCUAAAUUUCUGUUAAUGCUUUAAUGGUUUUAUUAAUGAUUCAUUUUUUCAUUAAAAUUGUUCUAGAUGGA